AAUGCAUCUUGCCGUACGCGCUCUAUGUAGGUACGUAGGCGGUAUGUUUUGAAGUAGUAUUUAAUCGACAUAAUACCUACUUACCUUAUACUUACCUUAUACCUACCUGCCUAUUAACACGGCUUGCCCUUAAACGAGUGAGCAUGUUAAUCCCUCGCUCUUAUCCUCCACCACGAAACACAAAUUGAUGUGUAGCCAUUGUUAUGGCAGAACACCUCCAGGGAUGUGAGUGCUUAGGCGUUUCGUCAGCAUCGCUAUGCGAUUUACCCAGCUCCUUUAUCCGCGGGCUAAGUGACGGAAAGUAACGUACAGAGCCAGACUAUGCGACACGGUGUCUCUCUCGUCUCGAAGCCCAUAAAGCCCAUCUUAUCUCGCUUCCACACGCCUUCUCCAGACUUAGGCUGACGAGGCAGUAUGAGAUGUGUUCCUUUUGAGCCUUCAUUUGCGAUGCUAUCACGCCGUAGAGGUGUUAUAGCUAUAUGCAUCUUCGCUUUACUCCUCUACGUGUACUGGCGGAGGCUGGCGGGCCCCAACACUCCGGAGGGACUCCUCUCCUCGGCCACAAGAGACACGUUCAAUGAUACGUUAGGUUUUGAAAAAAUAUUUGUCAUCAAUCUACUGUCGCGAGCGGAUCGCCGACAUGGCAUGGCUCAAGCUGGCGCCGCCAGCAAUCUCACUUUCGACUGGAUUGAUGGUAUUCCGGGUAGCCAGUUUCUAGAUGACACAUCACUAGCAGCUGGAGAGGGGCAUUCGGCUGGAGCUAGGGGCUCCUACAUGUCCCACAUGAAAGCGUUAAAAGCCAUCACGAGAGAGAAUUUGGGGAGUGCACUGAUCUUCGAGGACGAUAUCGACUGGGAUGUGCGCCUGAAGUCACAACUUGAUACGUUCGCGCGGGCUUCCAGGACAUGGUUAAGGGAAGCAAACCAGGAACGGCAGCAGGUCGAGCUGUGGAAAUCCGCCCCGUCCUUGUUCGUGGGGAAGAGGGGUAGCGAAAGCGCCAGCAUGAGGGAGCCUGAGGGAGACAAGAUGGGGGUUCGCCCGGGAGUCCAAUCUAUCUAUGGGGACGGCUGGGACGUCCUGUGGCUCGGUCACUGCGGUGCUGACUUUCCCGACGAGCAGUCUCCAGCUUCGCCUUUGAGAAUCGUCGUCCCAAAGGACGAGACGGUCCCGGCUCCUAAACAUCUCAAGCCUCACCCGUUCGCUCUACGAGACAAGCUGGGCGAGAUAUAUCCCCCGCAUACGCGAGUCGUCCAUGCCGUCGACGGGAAUGUGUGUACCCUGGCUUACGCGGUAAGCCACCAGGGAGCUCGUAAACUACUGCGGGAAUUCGAUGCCAAGUUCGACUCUCAGUGGGAUUUGAUACUACAGAAAUGGUGCGACAGGGGACACGCCUCGAAUACGACACUCCCGAUAGAUCCGAAGCCGGCGAGUAGUGGCGAGUCUGAUCAACCACGACCAGAAGCCAAUCCGAUCUGUCUUACCGUGCAGCCGCCUCUAUUCAGUCAUCGGUAUGUCAGAGAGGGGACCUCCAAUAUCCAGGGUCAAGGUGGUGGGUUUGCGCGAGGUGUAGGGACUCCAUAUAUAAGAUUAAGUGUACAUGAUAAUUUGGAGAAGCUGAUGAAGGGUGUGCGGGAGACGGAAAUGAUCGACCAACUGGCUGACGACGGGGUGGCGAUCUGGUAGUGAAGGAUGGGGUACGGUAUGGACUUGCAGACAGGGUAAUAUUUCACAAAAAGACUGGGAACGGGUAAAGUACGCUGCGAUACAUGCAUUGGAAAUUACGUAGGUAUAUAACAACG